GGGUAGUUUCUUCCGCCUUCUCAUAUUUUGUUUGGCUAUUAUCUGGUAAACGUUUCUCUACUUUCAACCCCGAUGAAAAUUAACCUGGACCACAUUGCUUGAAUGUCAUAUGUUUACACUUAAGUAAAAUGAACUUGUACUAAACUAUUCAACUACUUCUUAACAAGCAUACCUCUGCAAAGAUGUUGCUUAGAUAUCAUAGCAAGAGAAGCCUUUUUCUUUUGGUAAUCUUCUGCAUUUUAAACCGUGAACGAUGUCAAUCCAUUCCAUUGGAGAACAAAAACGUUAACAUGAAUGGCGAAAUUAUAGUAGAUCUGGGGCUUAUUCUUGAUAUGGAGACAUGGAUAGGGUACUCCAUAUAUAGCUGUAUUAACUUGGCAAUAUCUGAUUUUUAUUCUAUUAAUCACAAUUACACAACAAGAAUAGUUCUUCAAACAAAAGACUCUGAGGGAGAUCCAUUAAAAGCUCUGUCAGCUAUACGCUAUCUUCUGAAAAACAAGAAUGUGCAAGCCAUCAUAGGCCCAGAAACGUAUCUUCAAUCGAAGCUAUUGGCCUUGAUUGCCGACAAAGCAAAAGUUCCAAUCUUUUCAUUUGCUUCUCCAUCCUCAAUGGAAUACCCUUACUUGUUCCAAAUCAAAGAAGACGAAUCCACUAUGGCAAAAAGCCUUGCUGCCCUUGUGAAAUCAUAUAAAUGGAGGAAUGUUAUCUUCAUUCAUGAGGACACAGAAGUUGGGAGAGAGAUCUUGCCAAAUUUUCUCGCCUCAUUCCAAGAUAAAAAUAUUGGUAUAUAUUACAAAAGUGCCAUUUCUGCAUCAGCGACUCAUGAUCAAAUAAAUGUAGAGUUGAGUAAGCUCAAGAAUUUUAGCACAUCCAUAAUUAUUGUACAUAUGUCACCUUCACUGGCAUCUAGUGUCUUUUUAAUUGCAAAAAGGUUAGGAAUGAUUAGGGAAGGAUAUGUGUGGAUUUUAACUGAAAAGACGGUUGACAUCUUUAGAUCAACAAAAUUUGAAGUUAUUGAGUCAUUACAAGGGGCACUAGGUUUUAGGUCGUAUGUUCCAGCAUCAAGCCGACUAUAUAGCUUAACAACAAGAUGGUAUACAUCCUUUUUCAAAAUGUAUCCUAGUUAUGUAAGGAAGGAGUUGCCUAUGCUUGCCAUAUGGGCGUAUGACACAGUUUGGGCACUUGCGGAGUCUAUCGAAAAGGUUGGAGUCCCACACAAUGGUUCUUUGCUUUUAAAUGAGAUUUUGAAAACCCGAAUUAAGGGUAUAAGUGGUGAUCAGUUUCAAUUUAGUAAGGGAAAAGUGGUUACUAAUGGAUAUGAGAUUGUGAAUGCCAUUGACCAUGGUUAUAAGAGAGUAGGAUACUGGACAGAAUCUGAAGGUAUCAAGAAAGCACACCCCCUGAUUAUCAGUGGUAAUAGAUAUUCUAGCAUGGGUCUUGAACAUGUUAUAUGGCCUGGAGGUGCUGAAACUGCUCCAAAAGGUGGUGUGUUAGCAACAAUUCCUGGGAAAAGGUUAAAAAUUGGGGUUCUAAAAAUAACAAACUUUAAGUACUUCAUGGAUAUAGAUCAUGAUGUUGAGAAAAAUGUUACAACUGCCACUGGGUUUUCUUUUGAUGUUUUCAAUCAUUGCAUUAGUGCAUUACCAUAUGAAGUUCCUUAUGAACUCAUUCCAUUUGAGAAUGUAACUUAUGAUCAUCUUGUACAGAAGGUCUAUAAUCAGGAAAUUGAUGCAAUAGUCGGGGAUUCAACAAUUCUUGCCAGCAGAUCCGAAUAUGUUGAUUUUACAGCUACGUACUCGGACUUGGGUGUUGGAACACUAGUAAGAAUGAAGAAAAAAGACAUGUGGAUCUUCUUAAAGCCGUUGGGCAUUGAUCUAUGGCUAACUGCCAUAGCCUUUGUCAUCUUCACCGUCUUUGUUGUUUGGGCUAUUGAAUAUAUGAACCAAGAAUCUGAAAAUUCAUCACCUCUACGAUUGGGAACAAUCUUCUGGCUCGUCCUAUUGACUAUCUUUUCUGCACAAAGAGAAAAGAAGCUGUCAAGCAAUUCGUCAAGUUUGGUAAUGUAUACUUGGUUAAUUGUGGUUCUUAUCUUGAUCACGAGCUACACAGCCACAUUAGCUUCAAUGUUGACGGUGGAGCAAUUUCAAUUGGCAUCAAAUGAGGGAAUUUUUGGAUUUAAUGGGAACUCCUUUAUGAGAAGAGUAACAGUGAGCAACUUGAACUUCGAAGAUCAUAAACUUAGGCCAUAUUAUUCAUAUCAAGAUUAUGCUCAUGCUUUAUCCAAAGGUGGGAAGCAUGGUGGUGCUGAUGCCAUUAUUGAUGAAAUUCCUUACAUCAAGAUGUUUCUUAGCAAGUACUCAGAUGACUAUGCCAUGGUCUCAUCUCAACCAAUUACUUCUGGUUUUGGCUUUAUUUCCCCAAAAGGUUCUCGGUUAGGAGCUGAGCUGUCAAGGGAAAUUGCCAAAAUGAGAUUAGACGGAAUUCUAGAGGACAUGGAGAAAAAGUGGUUCCGAAAUCGGAUUCCUUAUUCCUCCCAAGAUUCUUCAAUUAUGCCGAAAAGUCUAAACCUUGGUCGUUUAGGUGGUCUGUUUAUUGUUAGUGGGAUCUUUUCGGCUUUAACUCUUGUGAUUUCUGCGGUUUACCUACUUUGUGCGAAGAUGGAGGUCCAUAAUAUCAUAUCACUAAUAGAUAAACAUAAUUUGAUGGCUUCUAUCAGAUAUCUAUUCUAUAGAAAUGUCAUCAUACAUAAUUAACAAAAUCAAGUUUAAUUGACUAUGCAUAAACUGAUGUUUUUCAGGUAAAUGUCUGAUUGCAUAAUAGAUCGUUCAAUUAUUACAAUGUAAACUUAAGUGCAUAAGUGUUCUCUAGUUAAAAAUAAAAGUUGGUUGCUCUUCUGUUGAAGAAACCGAUUCAUAGACAAACAUAUAUGUAUUCAAAACA